UUUCAUCCGAGACGAACGCGUGGACCUUUACCAGAUUUAUCUCGAUAUAUCCUGGUCGUUACAAAAAUUUAUAUUUUGAAAAAAGAACUGAUUGUGCAUAAUAAAUACAGAUUUAAAAGUUUAUUCGUGGAUUUUUCAUAAGUUUCUAACACGCUGAAAACUUUUGGUUGAACAGUUGAAAGUUCGUGAAGCAACAUGUUUUACUUAGUGUUAAGCACGCUGUUUAUAGCAAGUGGUGGAGGAGCACAGCUUGGCGAAGCAGACAACUGUGACCCUGGCGAGCUGAAGGUGUGCGUGGAUCUGAUACCAAGAACACCUAUUGGCCUACCGAAGACGAGGGACGAGCUCGACCUACAUUGCUCGGCCUACCAGACUGGCAUGGCGUGCAUGGACACGUGGAUCAAGCGCUGCCUGCCAACCGACGGCCAGAAACUGGUGCAGCAGCAGAUCGGCGGCGCCCGCGCACUCAUGCGGUUCCUUUGCACCAACGAAACUGCUCUGAGGAGAGAGUUCCUGAAGGAGCCAGCGUGCUGGGCUCGCGUGUCUCCCGACUGGAGCCGCUGCGUGGACGAGCUGCAAGGAGCCGUUCGGGACAUUACGGAUCGCGCGCAGCAGUUGACGUACUUCAACAGAAACGCUGAACUUUGCUGCGCAAGAGACGCGUUCAUAAUGUGCGUGGCGCACGCCGGACGGUCGUGCUCGGCGUCGGCGGGCACGCUGCUCCGACGCAUGGCGUGGGUGCUCGCGCAAGACGUGGCCGCGUGCACGCAGCAACCACGCGCUACGUGCGCCGCCUCCCCGCCGCCCCUCGCCGCGCCGCUGCUGACGGCGCUGUAUGGCGUGGUCAUGUACCCGCCCAGGUUUUAA